UGUCUGUGCGUGCGUGUGUCCGUGUGUCCGGGUGUUCCCCGCCGCUCACGUGACCGGCGUGACUCGGCGCUCACGUGACCGCGCGGCGGCGGGGCCGUGCCGGAGCCGGGGCCGCGCUCGCCAUGGGCUGCUGCUACAGCAGCGAGGCCGAGGCCUCCGACCAGGAGGAAGAGACAAAGCGGCUGCUGGAGCCGGCAGCCAGCCCGCCCAACAAGGUGCUGAACGGAGCAGAGCAGAGCUACCACAACCUGCCGUCAGCACGCACCGAUGAGCAGGCCAUGCUGUCCUCCAUCCUCGCCAAAACAGCCAUCAACAUCAUCGACGUGUCGGCAGCGGAUUCCCAGGGCAUGGAGCAGCAUGAGUACAUGGACAGAGCCAGGCAGUACAGCACACGCCUGGCCAUGCUCAGCAACAACCUGACGCACUGGAAGAAGCUCCCACUGCUGCCAUCCCUGACUAACCAGCCGCACCAAGUGCUCGCCAGCGACCCUGUCCCCUUUGCAGACCUGCAGCAGGUGUCCCGGAUAGCUGCCUAUGCCUUCAGUGCGCUCUCACAGAUCCGUGUUGACGCCAAAGAAGAACUGGUUGUACAGUUUGGCAUCCCCUGAACCUGCCCCCACCACUGCUGCUUCAGCGCUUUGGGUUGUUUUCGGUUUUUUCCUGAUUUUUUUCUCUUUGUAUCCCUUCCCUCCCCAUGCUGCUGCCACAGAACUUGGACAGAUACCCUGUUUCCUACUAAAUGCCAAGGCGCCCAUCAUUGGCACGUUGAGCCCA